AAAAAAAUCAAAAGGUAAGGAAAUGUGUAAAAACCGUGUACCCUACCCUCCAAAAAACCGCAACGCAAAAUUCGCCGGCGAAAUUUAUUACCGGCGGGAAACCUGGUCGCCGGAAUUGGCACGCUUCAUCGGAGCCUAUGAAACCAAAGCCGUUCAUAUUCACGAAACGUUAUUCAAUUCCAUCGAUAUUUUCACGAUAUUUUCCCUUCUCCACUCACAAUCGCCAUUCCUUUGACGACUCCGUUGCAGGAUGCAGCGCCGUUUAUCGUCACGCGCUCCAAUUCCAGCGCCCCGCCACUAUUCGGUGGAGCCCGCGUUUGGAGAACUCCGCCAGCUUCAUCGGCUCUGUCACGCGCGAGCUGGCUCGUGUUAACUCAAAAACCGGUUACUUCGGAGUUCAUACUGUGCUCAGGGUUCGAAUAUCCAGCCAACCAAACAGCUCCUAUAUACGGGUGCUUCUGAUGAUGCGGAACAGUGUGGCAGAACUUGCUUUGGAACACUUGAAACCAAAUGAUUUUAUUUAUGCUUCAGGUUCUUUGUGGUCUUACACUAAACCUGAUGCCGGUGGAAUCCCUCGGUUGAAUUAUAAGCUAGAUGUGAAGGAGUUCAAGUUUGUUACUCAAAGGUCUGGUUAUCAAGGCCACAAGAAGUCGGAAUCAGCUAAAGCAAACGUUGGCAUGCAAAAUAAUCAAAAUCGGCUUCACCUCUGGCAAGUGUUUUUUUCCAAUCCAAAUGAGUGGUGGGAUCAAAGAAAGCGCAAGUUAAAUUCAAAACAGCCUGAUUUUAAGCACAAGGAUACUGGUGAAGUUCUGUGGUUAAGUACAUAUGAUCCUCCAUGGGUUAGAAGGCAACUCCAAUUGCUAGACUCAAAAAUGGCUGGAGGACCAGUAGGUCAUCAUCAUUCUCGUGUCUCAAACUGGGAUUACGAUGAUUAGUCUAUAUGGCUAAAAGACGAUGUGUGUCGGUAAUGGAACUUAUUCUCUAUAGCUUUGUGCAUACUCUUAGCAUUUGGAACGAAAUGUACAGCAGAGUGAUAGUGGCACCAUUUAUUAAGAGAAUGGAAAUCACUAUGAUAAUGAUAGUGACCAUAUUCUACGGGCAAACCAUCUCAGCUGUGAGAAAGCUUGGCCCUGUUGAUAAUUACUCAGAAGCCUGAAAGAAUGAAAGAGGUAAAGUUAAUGACUCGAAUUCUUGGUCUAACCUGAAAAGGUUGUGGUUUGACCAAUUUGGUGAAGAAAGAUUUUAAAAUAUUUCUUUAGUAUUUGGUUUUAGUUGAGUGGUCGGGUCGAUAGGCCCGAGACAAGAGCCCACUACUAAUCCUGGUCGGUCGUGCGAGGCUCCAUCCCUAUGAUUUGGACCUUUAUGUUUUGGGUUAGGAUUUUAUAAACACUAAUAUAAUACUGCUAUAGCAUUUUUUGUUUUUUCA